GUUUCUAUGAGUUUAGAAAUACAUCACCUCUUAAAAAGGGCACACAGAGAGCAGCCCUACCCAUCUCAUUCUCGUACCUUUCUGGAAGAAAGAGGAAGCAAUGGCUGCACAUAGGAUUGCCCAUGUUGCGUAUACUGGACCAAGUAUCAUUAAGGAGAUCUUCUAUGGCAUGACACUCGGCCUGCUGGCUGGGGGUGUUUGGAAGACUCACCACUGGAACGAGCAGAGGAAAACCAAAGCUUUCUAUGACUUGCUUGAGAAGGGUGAGAUCAGUGUCGUCGUUGCAGAAGAGUAACCUCUCUCUCUCUC